CACAUAUGAUUUGUUAACCUUUUGUGUGUACAAAAAUUGCAGCGCAAGACUUCUCCCCCUCGUAACUUACACAACAUUGUAAAAAAAAAAUGAAUGUCGUAAAAAAGAUUCUUCUGUUUCACCUUCUAGUUGCGUGUCAACAGAUACUAUUCGCUUGGUCAAGCAAAGCAAGAAAGGAAGAAAUGAACCCCUUGAAUUUUUUGCCCAGCAGUUCUUUGCUGUACCCCCUGGAUUUCCAGCAAAAUUGGCAGGCGUCGGAGCCCACCCCCCUUGAGAUACACUACGACGUCCCGGCAUACGGAUACAAAGAUUUACUCAUGGCACUUGAGUACAACAACGAUUUGGAACAUUAUGACAGAGAAAGGGGGGAAGUAAAAAGAAGGAUCAUAGAAGAACAAAAUAGGCUGGAAGAGAACCUGUGGAGGAAAGUACAGCUCCUCAAGAUGAAGGAAAAGAAUUUGAAGAACGGGAACUUCUUGAGGACACGCAAAGAUCAGAUAUGACACAGCCUUUUCCUUUGCAGAGUGUGGAAGCCCCUUUUUGUCUACCCCGCCUUUUCUACUUUUUUUUGCGAAAUUUCCUUGUGCAUUGUUUUGCUCGGUUGUGUUACUUUCCGCUCUGCUUUUUACCCCCUGUUACUAACUACCUAAAACGCAGACUCUCAAAGAGGUUUUAACUGUAUGAUUUGUUAUCCCCCCAA